AUGAUACAAAUCUGCCAAUGCUGGGAUAAAAAUCCAAGAAAUAUCUUUACGUUUUUCAAUUGUAUUUCUACAUCUCUCCCGGUCCUUGCCCAGUUGGUGGAUCGGGUGUUUGACGAGAGCCUGAACUUCAGGAAGAUCCCGCCUGUGAUUUCAACCAAUAAGGCUCCAGAGAUCAACGGUAAGCCAGUGGAGCUCCGCCCCCGGGCCCCUGACACUCUGGAGCCCCGAGCGCUGAGGAGACGCACCUGGAACCGAGAGGAGGCCGUGUUGGACAGCCUGCUGCUCAACUCAGUUUCCCAGCUGUCCACUAAGAUCAGGCACUCCAUCGACAAAACAGCAGGAAAAAUCAGGAUUUUGUUUAAAGAUAAGGACAGGAACUGGGACGAAAUUGAGAGUAAACUGCGGACAGAGAGUGAGAUACCAAUGCUGAAAACCACCAACAAGGAGUUCUCCUCAAUUCUGUUGGAAUUGAGGAGAGUUGAGAAGCAGCUUCAAGUGAUCAAUGUGAUGGUGGACCCUGAUGGGACCCUGGAUGCUCUGGCCAGCCUGGGCCUCACCAGCCCCACGACUCCCACCAAGCCCCUAACGGCCAAAACAACUGCCACUAGCCCGGGGUCUGCUCCCCCAGCCAAAGAGUCCCUGCUGGAGACCCUCCCGGGGCCCGGAGCCUCUGCCAGGGUCCAGGUCUCCUCUGCCAUCAUAGAGGAGACGGCUCGAGACCCCGGCCUGAGUCUCAGUCUGACGGCGGUCGGGGGGCGGCCCUUCAACCGCAUGAGGCCGAGCGGAGAGGAGGCCAUCGCACAGAAGUGAAGUUUCAAUGUCAUGUGAAUAAACUUUUGAUUUGGAGUGAAGGCGGCUAGUUAUCAGAACAACAAACUAACAUUCAAACAGUUGCCAUUCAGCUGACUUACCCACUCCAGGAAUAUAACACAAACACAAUUUAGUUCAAGUUUCACCAGACCUGUCCGGAAAUGAAGUGCUUCAGCUGACUGUAACCCAAACCGAUGCAUCAUGGAUACACCCUCCAAUGGGAAUUCAUCCAUGAGUGAUUUGGAGGAUCCUUUCAGCUGUUAUUGCUUACAGGACAACCUCAAGCUACCUGGCUGCUCUCAGUGGACACAUCUCUGUUCAGUCUCUCUCCUCCUCUUGCCUUCUCCAUGUGUCUGGACCCCACCUACACUAAGGACAUGCCUUAAAACACUUCCUCUAUAGUAGCCGCCCCUCAACCUCAAAUAAUAUACAGAACAACUUUAUUACAGUACUUUCAGACAAACAGAAUGCAUUGUAACAUAACAUCUUAUGCAGAAUACGUUUUAUUUACACUAUGCUGGAACACUGCAGUGAUUUUAUAAGCUCUUGUUCAAUACAAAGGAUAUGUCAGCAGCCACCCCCAACAUACAUGUUUUAUGCCUAAAAGAUAACCCUAACCGUCCAUUGAUGCGUCUCUGAAACUGACUGACUAAUAAGUAGUGCCUCCCAAUAUCUGUGCCCCCCUGUUUCUCCUUCUUUCAUUAUGUUUGACUCUUUCCCUCCCUUCCUUUUCCUCCCAAAUAGAACAAGGUUGUCCCUCCAGUAGCAUGUACAGGACCGAGCUGAGAGCUUCCCUCCUGCAAGUUGGUGUCUGUGUUGAUCUUACUAAUACUGAAUGGUAGUUUUACACAAGAGUAGUAACGGCCUUUGGGAAACCAAUGAUCAUUUUCAGGCUAAAUAAUCACUUACCAAAGUUAACACGUCGUGUUAUUUUCAAACAGUGGAGCCAUGUUGAAAUUUGUUGUGCAAAAACCUGAGAAUCUGAAUUUAAAAUAUGGCAAUUCAUCUCAUAUACGUCUCAUCGUCCUCUGCAGUUCAUCCCUUUCUCUGAAUGUCAAGAUCAUUUUCCUUCAAAAAGCAUAUUUAUUUUAAUGAAACACUAGUUUAAUCAUCGCUGCCAUUUUGUUUUUGGCCCAUGUGACAUUGCCUCUGAGAAUCUGUGCCCUUUCCACUUAAGUGUCCUAUGAUUUCCAAUUGGCUUUUUUCUACUUUUUACAGUUGCGGGUGAUUUUUUUUAAGGGGAAAAAAAACAUGGUUCCAACUAAAUAUUUUAUAAUAUUUAAAUACUGAUAUUGUAGAUAUUUUAAACCUUUUACUUUUUAAUACUUAAAAUGCACAUUCUCACAUUACAACAUUUUGUAUCACUCCCCAGUGUAUAUACACACAAAACCUAAAAAGCUACUGGAAUUGGUUUUAAGGAACUUUUUGUUGAAAAAACGAGGCCUAAGUAAGAUGUGUAUUUGGGGAACGUCGGCGAGUAGAAAUGAACACAGCUUUGAAAAUAAGCCCCCUGUCUACUCUAUCUAUUUAGCUUGUAAUGCGGCUCAUAUCAGGGUAUAACGUUGCAUUGUUCUUCACCAAGGAGGGGGGAUUUCCAACUACUGCAGACACAGUAUGGUUAACCUCACUUUCAUUGCAUUUGCUGCUUUUCUUUAUGGGACUAACCAUUUUUCUAAUUUCCCCUUCAGCGUAUAGUCUGUGUUCUAGAGCAAGAUGACUUAAAGGCAGUGUAUUAGUACUUAGAUGCUCUUGCAAUAGUGAAUUUAGGUACCAGAAUACGUUCAUUUUGUUCUCUCUAUACUGUGCUGUACAUUCUUUUUUCAAUGCCUCAAAGUGCCCGUUUUGACUAUUCAAGGGCAUCGAUUAAAAGAAAAGAAAAAGACGUAGCUGUCUGAAAGAUUUCUCUUAUUUUGCACAUCAGAUUGUGGCGUUUUUCAUACAGAAGAAGUGAAGAAGCAGUGGGGGGCUGCAUCAAAUGUCAAUUGGUUUGACAGGAAUGAUAUCACUUUGAUAUGAGAAGUGACUGCCUUGCCACUCUGGAGCUUUUCUGUCUGUAAAUUCAAAGCCGCUAAUCCUGAUUUCCCCCUCCCCCCAUUGUAUCAAAAGACAUGAAAUGAGGGGAUUGUGAAUGCUAGGUACAUGUUUAUUUUUGAAAUUCUACAUGUGUCAUCUGACCAGUGUUCUUUUUCAUUUUUGUAAAGAAAAAACAUCAUUUUAUUUUAUUUAUUUUUUGUUUAAUAUUCUGUGGAUUUGUCAUGUAUUUUAUAUUUGUUCAACUAUCUGCAAUGUUUCUUACUGUUAAUAAAACAGAGCCAUUCA